AUGGCUUUUGAUGGCUCCAUUGAAAACAUAAAAUGUAUAACAGAACAUGAAGACUAUGGUGCAAUUUCAAACAAAGCAGUAUUGUUGCAAGUGGCACCAUUGAUAAAAAACAAGUAUGGAAGAACUUAUCGCCGUCGUGCAGGAAUCUCAGAAAACGAGUGA